UUUUUGGCACGUCACAGCCGCGUCAUCGUGUCCCCGUGUCUGCUUUUAUCAUUGGGGAUUUAAUUUAAUCGACAUUUAGCAUAGUUCAAUUUUACACUGUAUGCUUACUAUUAACUAAUAUCUGCCACAAAUCAAUUUAAUAAAAUGGAACUUUUGAGGCAAGUGUCCACCACGCAGUUUUUCUUUCCCGCGGCAGCUGUUGCAGUAGUGUUAGUAUGUGCGGCUCUCGUAUUUUUGUUCGGCUUCCGUACGGCGGAACCGCCACAAUUCGACAAGCUGCCUCUAGUGGUAGAUGAGAGAAAAUCUUCGCAAAAGAAAAAGAAAUUAAAGGAAAAGAAAUCAUCACCUAAUCGCACAUCAAGUGAUGAAAGUAAGAUCAAAAGUGAUAACAAGAAAUCUCCAGCAAAGGAAAAGAAGGAAGUUGAAAAACCAAAGCCAAAAGAGAAAGUUGAGCCUAAAGCAGCCAAGAAGGAAGUUGUCACUGAAAAAAAGGUAAAAAAGAGCAAAGUAGCAGAAGUAGAGAAACCAGCUGAUUAUGAUGAUGGUUUAUGGGAAGAAGUACCAAAAAAAAGCGAUAAGAAGAAAGUAAAGGGAAAUGAGAAGGAAAGUCCGGUCAAGAAGAGCAAGAAAAGCAAGGUUAAGGAGAAUGGUAUUGAUACUUCACCAGUGGACGAAUCAGCAGAAGUUCCUGAAGAAACUAUCAAGGUGAUUAGUGCUGUAGGUCCUGAUGUAGACGAAGAUGCUGCUAGAGCUUUGCAGGCCCAAGUUGAAGAAUUACAAAGAGUUCUGAAGGAGGCUGAACGUCGUGACCGUGAACAACUGGCUGUCGAAGAAGAGGAAGAUGAGGCCCCAGAGGAUGAGCUCACGGAAGUUAAGGACCUAAGAAGCAACAAGAAAAAUGAGAACAAGGAAAAACAAAACAAGAAGAAGGAGGCUGUUGUAGCGAAGAGUGUGCCAAAGUCGGAAGAGAAUUCUGACUCUGACAAACAGGAAGAGAAGACUGUUCCUGUGUUUGAUGAGCUUGGAGAUACUUGGUCCGAAGCGAAAGUAUCUAAGAAGAGCAAAAAGAAAGCGCGCAAGGAUCAGUGAGUCGCCUCAGAUUGAUAGAGUUAGCUGAAUGCCUGCACCACGCUUGUAAACACAUUCGAUUCCUAGCGACAUGACAUUUUAAGUUUUCUUUAAGUAAAGAAUAACUUUGUAAAAAUGUUCUUUUUAAUUUUAUUAUUUAUUUUGUAUAGCAUGAUGUUUAUAAAGCGUGGUCAUUAUUAACAUUGCAUAAUAUUCAUAAUACAUACGUCCAUGUUUUAGUUACAUAUUUUAUGUUAUGACAUUGUUUUUUUAAUAAUUUAAUAAUUGUUUUUCAUUGAAACUUACGAUUUUUUUUAAUUUGUGUUAUAAGUCAUUAAGUGUUUUUCGGAAUCUGCAAUAUUUUUGGGUGUGAAUUUGAAUUAGUAGUUAAAUUAUUUAUAGGCAGAGAUGAUCAGUUGAUAAUCUCACCUCGACUAACAUAAUUAUAAAUGAUGAAGAAUUUUUGGUGCUUCUAGUAGUAAGUGUAUCCAUUCCAUUAUAUUACCUAACCUAUUUUAAAUUGGCCUCUUUCUGCAACUUGGAGAUCUCCUAGAACUGCCAAAUAGUAUGGUUCGGACCAAAUUCGACACCUAAAUAAAUACCCAGUGAUGGAAUUUGAAACAAUUGUCUAGUCGUAUUUAAUCAUUCAUUUUCACUCAUGAUAUCUUUACAAAAUGCAAUAAUAAAAUGGUCGUAUUAUAUAAUAUUCGAUACUCAUUACUAUACAUUUUUAUUAUAUAUGUAGCUAUAUCAUUCUUUAAAAAUAACAUUUUUGUAAUCAAAUGCCAUCUCUGGAUCUGUCAGUGAAUUUAGUCCACACAUUUCGAUCUCUUAAAAUUUCUAUUUGUUUGAACAUGUCUAAUGAUAUUCCAUAUAAAACGUUGCCGGCGUGAAGCGACCAUGUUUUAUUGCAGAUUCCUAUUUUGUAUACUUAGGUGUAAGAGAAAUGUAUGAUCAAGAGGUAUAUUUGUAAUAUUACAUAAAAUCUAAUUUCGAUAUACUGAAAUAGUUCGAGUGAGAUCAUUAGUAAUACAUUGAUAGCUAAGACUACGAAUUUUUAAAAUAAGUUUAUUAUAAUUGGGGUUGACGGCUGUGUCAAGAUAGAUAAUAAAGGUUGGAUAAGCCGUGUUGGAUUAUUAUCUAUGUGGAAACACGUGAAGUUUUUUUUAAUUGCCUACGCGUCUCUUUCAUUCACUCCAUAGUGCCUACAAUUGAUAUUGGAACUAUAUAAAUCUUCGUCUACUGCAAUCUGACCCAAUUGUUUAAAAUAUUUUCUAAUAUAAAACAGUAGACUGCAGAUUGUGUCAAACUUGCAAUAGACAACAGUAGAAAUAUGGUAAUCUGUGAAUUUAAAUUUCGCGGAUAAUGCUAUUUUUUAAAUAAAAAUCUUUAUGCUAUCUUUAGGUAUCUCCUGUAUUUAUUGCUUAUUUAUUUCGACAUUUAUACUCUUGAGUUGCAAUACUAUAGUUUUAAAGACUUUCUUCAUACUUAAGAUUUACCAUUUAUAUUGUUAUUCCUGUGUUUUAUCAAGAGAUUUAAAAGGUUUUAUUUUUCAGUUAUGUUUCUAAAAUUGUGCUCAUUUAAUUUAAGGUGGGUACUUAGGGCCUAAGUUUGCUAGCAUAUUUUAGGUUAGUUUAUGUUUGGUGUGCUCAAUUCUUUAUUUUACAAAAUUGAGACAAGAAUUGGCACACUGAUACUGCUCAUCACGAUUUUAGUUUUAAAAUAUGAUUGAAGAAAAAUUCACAUUCGAUACAAAUGUAGAUGAUAUAAUAUCUUAAUAAUGUUACUGUUCAUAGGUUCUAAACAUUGAAUGUGUAAUGAAUAUUUUUUUAAAAUCCAAUAAAGAGUGAUAUUGA